CCUUCUCAUGUAUCUGCUCCCAACUAUUGUAGUUGAUUCAGUUCGCCGCCGUGGAAGUUUUAUAAAUAAAUAGCUUCCGCUGCAGCGUUCCCUUGAAAUUCUUUCGCUUCAACUCCAAGCAAAAUGGCUCGCUCUUUCUCUAACUCCAAACUCAUCUCUGCUUACGUUGUUGAUACUGUUUCUUCCUUUGUUAGCAGGCGUGGGUAUGCGGCUGCAUCAUCAACUGGUGUGUCAGGUGGAGUGAGAGGAUCAGGGGUUAAUAUUAUGAUGAAGAAAGGUGGGGAAGAAACAAGCAAGAAGACAACAUCAUGGGUGCCAGACCCAGUAACUGGUUACUACAGGCCAGAAAGUCAUGCUAAAGAGAUUGACGCUGCUGAGCUCCGCCAGAUGCUCUUGAAGCAUAAACCUAGACAACACUGAAUGGGGCAUGCAUUGUAUGGAUCAAAUACUCUGUAUUGAAUCUGGGGUUUUGGUUACCAUAUACCACGUCCACGUCCCAAUCCCAUAACGCAUCGGAUCCAACCAUAUGAUCGAACCCAACAAGAGCGAGAGAUAUUACUAUGACUUACUGCGUUUGUUAGAAAAUAUGGAGCGUCCUAGCUCGUCAUGAUCAAUGUGUGUUCUUGUUUAUCUAAGGGUCAUCCUUUUGACCUUCUAAUAAAGUUAAAUUUUGUGGUA